AGGGGGAAGUAGAAGGACUCGGAGGCUGGAGUGGUGGAGAGCGGAGCUGGGAGGUUGUGGAGACCGUCGUGGGUCUCGCGGCGUUCGACAUUUAGCCGCACCUCCCUCCCUGAACGCAGCAUGGAAGAAAAGUCAGAAGACUGUAAGGUUCCAGAAGAUCUGUUCAAUGGUCUGAAAGUCACAGAUUCUCAAGAAGGAGAGUCUGCCUGCUCCCUGGUUUCUGGUCCCAAGGAUCAGCAUCCUCAAAGCAAGCUACUGAAGGAUGCUGAAGCCCAUCCCCAGGAGGACCAUGGAGAAGAGGAAUGUUUUCAUGACUGUAGUGCCUCAUUUGAGGAGGAGCAGCCAGGGGCACAUACGGCAGGGAGCAAAGCCAGCGACGACUCUAGUUCUGAACUGGAGGAAGAAUACCUAAUUGAACUGGAAAAAAACAUGCCAGAAGAAGAGAAACAGAAAAGAAGAGAAGAGAGCGCUAAACUAAAGGAGGAGGGGAAUGAGCAGUUUAAGAGAGGAGAUUACGUGGAAGCUGAGAGUUCUUACAGUCAAGCCCUUCAGAUGUGCCCAGCCUGUUUCCAGAAAGAUCGAUCUGUUCUGUUUUCAAAUAGAGCUGCUGCAAGGAUGAAACAGGACAAGAAGGAGAUGGCCAUCACUGACUGCAGCAAAGCAAUCCAGUUAAACCCCACCUACAUCCGUGCGAUACUGAGGAGAGCUGAGUUGUAUGAGAAAACAGACAAACUAGACGAAGCACUGGAAGAUUAUAAGUCAGUAUUAGAAAAAGAUCCAUCAGUACAUCAAGCAAGAGAAGCUUGUAUGAGAUUACCUAAGCAAAUUGAAGAACGUAAUGAAAGGUUAAAAGAAGAGAUGCUAGGUAAACUAAAAGAUCUUGGCAACUUGGUUCUACGACCUUUUGGGCUCUCCACAGAAAAUUUCCAGAUCAAGCAGGAUUCUUCUACUGGCUCCUACUCCAUCAAUUUUGUUCAAAAUCCAAAUAAUAAUAGAUAACAGAAACAACAGUGGUCUUAAAGGCUGACUGGGAGGCCAUGAUGUGUUCACAAGGAGCACGGCUCUGCAGGUGUUUAAUGUUUAAGAGCAUCUUAUCUAAGAAAGGCAAUGUAGUAGAACCAGAGCCGCCUUCUUGCUCUUGUUUUAUGAUCAGGAUGGAAUGUGCCUCCUGAUGUGAUGAGCCUCAUUAAUUUCCAUUUUAAGGUGGUGUCUGUGCAGCUGUUGUCCUUGGUUCUGGCUGUUUUCUGUCUGGUGGAGAAGCCUGCUUGUCAAAGCUGACUCUUAGACCCGCACAAAUGUGCUAGCCACCAAAAACCUCCCGUAACCAUCCAAGCCUGUCAGUUGAGUGAUGACCAUACAUACGGAUAGGGUCCCCUCCUGCUGCCCCUCCCUGCUCACACUCGCUCAGACGCUGCAGUGCAGGGGCUUCAGCAUUCUUGAGUUCCUCCGUAUUAAUAAAAACAUCCUGUGACAGUUGGGGGCUGUGUUGUUAACUUUGUUCCCAUAACAGCAGCUGAAGCAGAUUGUAUAUGACAUUUGAGACCAGUUCUGGUUUCAGUCAAGGUCACUGAUUCUGAAUCCCACAGAGUUUUUGCUGCUUGACUCUCUUAAAUAAAUGGCCAGUGUGCCAGAAUUCAGAAA